CACUAGUCACAGCUCUUCAGUGAGGCACGAACCAGCUCAUCGAGCAGACGUCAGUCUGUUGGCUCCUCUCACGCGGAUGUACGAGUAAUUUACUCCUGGCAACUUGGCGAUGUUAUUUCGUUCGUUAACGGCGAUAGAAUUACGAUAUGUGUUUUUCAAGUGCAGUUCGUGAUCGAUGAAGUUGCGAAGUGUUUCGAUAAAAGUGAUUGCCGAUCCGUGGUGUAGAAAAGAAGUGUUUGGCUGAAAAGUUUUUGGAAAGAAGUGAAUUUUGCCGGUGGAGGGAGAAAGAAAGAGAAGUUCAGUUGUUUGUUCUCUUUUGAUUUAAGUGUUUGUGGUUCCGGAAAGGAAACGAUUAAUAUUAUAACAGAGGAUUUAAUCCGGGAUUUUUUUCCACCUCGAUGGAUACGUUCUGCUUAAAGGGAUGGUAGGGAAGGCGGGGCCUGGGUAGUCAUGGUGUGGUGCUGUGUGCCAGGGGGGGAGCGGCGCUCCCUCCCCUUGGCCCUCCUGCCUCCCACCUCCACCUGCAGUAGCCCCUGCCACAUUCGUUUCUGCUUGGUCGUCGUCAUCUUCGCCGGACUCUUCCUGCCCUCCGCCCAGACUUUCGCUCCUAUGACUGAUAGCGAGCGGCCGCGUUACCGAACGGCGUACGCCUGCGAGGGCUCGACCCUCAACAUGGAGUGUGACCCCGGUCACGUGAUCAACCUCAUCCGGGCCAACUACGGCCGCUUCAGCAUCACCAUCUGCAACGAACACGGGAACACAGAGUGGUCGGUCAACUGCAUGAGCCCCAGGUCGCAUCGGGUCCUUCACGAUAAGUGCAGUCAAAGGCAGAACUGCAGUGUAGCAGCAUCUACGCGAGGAUUCGGAGACCCUUGUCCCGGGACGCUGAAAUAUCUCGAGGCACAUUUUCAGUGUGUGGAUGUGAACCCCCCGUCACACACUGCGAGGCCUCGGCCGCCCUGGUUCAUCGCCACCAAAACGACCGUCAGCUCCAUCACAGAGGACGACCCUCCUCUCCCAUCACCCCCGACCAAAGGUGGUAGCGGCGUUCCCGUCGGAGGAUCUGGUGGUGGUGGUGGUGGUAUUGGAGGGCCCUUCGGUGUUGGAGAAGGCAGCAGACUUGGUGGAGAUGGAAUUGGGGACAGUGGGGAGAACGCCAGCGGGGGAGGAGAGGGCGCGACCGGCGUGGGCGGGGGCGUGGGUGGCCUCAGCGGCAAAGAGGGCCUGCCCUUCGAGAACAGACUGAAGGAACCCCCCGCCGAUGACCUGCCCCAUUCCGUGACGGCGUCGUCCAGCACGACCACAACGCUAAGGCCGCCGCCCUGGCUCAUCACCAACACGACGAAGAACACGACGCUCUCCACGACCACAACCUCGACCACUUCCACGACGACGACCACUGCGAAGCCGCCCUCCACCACGACCACCACCACCAGCAAGCCGCAGACUAACCUGGACAGCCCCGUGGACUCCCCGUCGGCGGAGGAGAGCGGCGCUGGCGGCCUGAGUAACCAAGGGAACGGCGAAGGUGCCACUGACGAAGACGACGACGAAGACGACGACGCCUCUCCGACGGAGUUGUACGAUGCUGUCGAGAGCGACAGGUUCCCGUCGAGUCCCGUGUCGACAACAACUCCCUGGCCUGUACGGGCUGAAGUCCCGGUCACGGAAGGCGCCUCCCUGGGCAACGAAGCCUCCUGGUGCCCUCCUUCGUCGGACAGGAGCUUGGUCUGGAACUGGACGCAAGGAGGAGAGGUUGCCGUGCAGCCGUGUCCUGGCGGCGCCUCCGGGUGGGCGCGACGCUCCUGCAACCCGCUGGGUUGGUCCGGGCCGGCCGAUCUGAGCGAAUGCCGGAGCGUGUGGUUGACGACGCUCACGUCGAGGGCGCACGCCAGCGACGCCGUGUUAGCCGUGGCUCACGACCUGGCCAUCGUCACCGGGUCCCGGGCGUUGUAUGGGGGUGACGUCACGGCCACGGCCAGCCUUAUCAACAGCCUGGCUCAACGCAUGGCGGAGGACGUCAGUAACUUCCCCGACCGGGCCCAACGUGAGGCCAUGGUUACCGAAUUGGUGGGCGCCGUCGUAGCCACGGGUUCCCACUUGGUGGGGCGUCAGAGGGCGGCGUGGGGAGAUCUGCGCCCCCCGGAACACCAGGCAGCCGCCACGGCUCUUCUGCUCGGUCUAGAAGAAGCCGCUUUCCUUCUGGCCGAUAAUCUACAUCAAGAGAAGACAGUCAUCCAUGCAGAGUCUAAUAUAUUGUUACGUCUGCAAGUCCUCGAAACGAGGAACGUCGUAGCCGUGUCCUUCCCCUCCCCAGGGGAGGCCUGGCUCCCUUCCGCACCUACGAGGCCCUCGGAUCCGUCCUCCUCCCCGACGGCGCCUCUGGCUACCACCUCCUCCUACCUGGACACCGUUCCCUCGGCGCCGAUGUCCGAUUUCCCGCAGGACGUCGUUGGCGGUGGCGGCGCUACACCCAAAGUGCCCCUGGACACCAUCACGCUUCCCCCGGAGGCGAUGUUGGAGAACGCUGACAAUGGUUUGGUGAAGAUCGUCUUUUUCAGCUUCGACGGCCUCCACCACAUGCUGCAGCCCAACGGCGGCAUCUAUCACUUCAACUUCAAGGGGGUCAACAGAACCCGGGUCCUGAACUCCCGAGUGCUGUCAGCCUCGUUAGGGGCCGGACGUCACAUCGAACUUUCGGAGCCCGUGGUCCUGACCUUUGCCAUGAUAAGGACUGUGAACGUCACCAAUCCCGCCUGCGUCUUCUGGGACUACACUACCAGCUCGUGGUCGGAGGAAGGCUGCCGCGUCCUGCGCUACAACACUUCGCACACGGUGUGCGAAUGCGAGCACUUGACGAACUUCGCCGUGCUGAUGGACGUGCACGCCACGCCGGUACCCUACCCCCACCAGCUGGCCCUCUCCAUCAUCACGUACGUCGGCUGCAUCAUCUCCAUCGUCUGUCUUCUGCUAGCCACUAUUGUCUUCCACGCCUUCAGGGGGCUCAAAAGUGAUAGAACAACCAUCCACAAGAACCUGUGCGUGUGUUUACUUGUGGCGGAAACUGUGUUUUUGGCGGGAGUCAAUCAGACCGACAAACCAGAAGUGUGCGGCGUGGUGGCUGGUCUCCUCCAUUUCUUCCUGCUGGCUGCUUUCUGCUGGAUGUUCAUGGAAGGAUUCCAGUUAUACGUGAUGUUGGUCGAAGUCUUCGAAUCUGAGAAACCUCGCGCCCGUUGGUAUUACGCCGCGUCCUACGGCUUCCCCGCCAUAGUGGUGGCCGUGAGCGCUGUCGUGGACCCCUUCGGAUACGGCACCAAGGACGCCUGCUGGCUGAAGACUGAUAACUACUUCAUCUUCGCAUUCGUGGGACCCGUCAUCGCCAUCAUCAUUGCCAACUGUAUUUUCCUGGGUAUGGCCAUGUUCAUCAUGUGCAGGACUGCCAACAUCUCCGCAUCUCUAAAGAACAAGGAACAUACCAAACUGGCUUCUGUCAAUAGUGGGAACGAAGAAAAUGCUCUCCAUGACAAAUUCCAGAAACAUGUAAUAUGGGUUCGAGGAGCAGUCAUGUUAAUUGUACUGCUGGGACUGACUUGGACUUUUGGUUUGCUGUACCUCAACCAAGCCACAGUUGUUAUGGCCUACAUCUUCACUGUACUUAAUUCUCUUCAGGGACUUUUCAUCUUCAUUUUUCACUGCGUACAGAACGAGAAGGUGAAGAAGGAGUUACGUAGGGCUGGGCGACGCCACCCAUGGCUACGUGCGUGUUUGUGUGCAGCCCACGACCGCUCGCACACCACCACCAAGGACGCCCGCACCACCUCCCACAAUGCUGCCUCACACUCUCACUCCAAUUCGCACGCUUCGCAUACCACACUGGUGCCCCACCUGACAUCCGGACGUUGGACCCGGGGGGGAAGCAAGGGCAGCAACACAUCAUCUUCACAAGCGGGAACCAUGAGUCAGCCCCAGCCUCCACCUACAACGACACCUGUCAGGGGGGGAUCCCUCUCAAGAGCAUCCAUGUCACGGGGCUCCCUCUCCCGAACUCCUCAGAGGAACAGCAGCGGACGGUCUGCCCGUCAUCUUCACCACACCCUUCACACCCGCACUGUAACAGCUCACGACCAUGAUGAUGAGAAGUACUCCUUCAAAUCUAGUGGACGUGAUAGUGGCCAUGGGGGUUCAGAACAAGAAGAUUCACCACGCACUGGUUCUGCUGCAAAACUAGCUGCUCUCCACCUUAAUAACAGUGUUGCACCUCACCUAACACCAGACCAUCUCGUUAAUCCAUUCACUGCCAACAAUGGAGCUGUUGCUGCAGCAAGUGUAGUUCAUGAACAGGGUACUCCAGGACCUGAAGCAUUGUUGCCAGACUAUCGCUUGGCUGAGGGGACUCCAACUUUAAGAGUUCCGGCAGGCAACAGUGUCAUUGGUAGAGGGCAUCGCACACACUCUCCUUGGAAUCACACAUACACUGAAAUACCUGAUGGUACACAAGCAGGUCGACAGUCAAAUAUGGAAGGUGGCACUGAUCCAGUUUACGAGGAAAUUGAACGUGAAGUUAGAUCUGAUUUGCAGAUGAGUGAUUUGAGCGAUGAAGAUGGAAGGCGACACAGUUCAGACAUAUCUCGCCAAUCAUCUCGUAGUUAUGGUGACCAUCGACCUCUUUUACCAUACACUUUGUCGGAGCAUCAUCAUUCUACAGUCCCUCAUCAUCAUCAGUUAACACACUAUGAUCCCCGGUUCAAGGCACGUGUACGUCACCAAGAUAACAUUGAAGACCAGCACAGCCGUACACUUCCAGGAAGCCGGAUAGGCAUAGGCCCCCAAUUAGAUCAUACUGUCGUUAGUCCGGGCCAUAUUUUGCCUAUGACACAUGCUGCCGUAACUUCAGCCCACGCUCUACCACACGGGAAUGGUCACAUUGCCUCACAACAGUAUAUUGACAAUGGAUCUCACAGUGCAAAUAGUAUGCAUCAUAUGUUAGAUGGUGGUAGGCAGAUAGUAGAGUACAAUCAGGCUAUGCUAGCAGCAUUAGGAGGAGGGCAUACUCUCCCUGUUGUCCAUCCUCUUAGUGAACCUAACUUGAGAAACUGGGAAGCAGCUCAGAGGCACCGUGAUCUCCAGCAACUACAACAGUUAGGCGAAAUGACUGUAGCUGUUUUGAGUGGGGAGCAAGUGGUAUGUAAACUCAAGCCUCCAUUAGCUCCUAUACAUGAAAAUUCUGCUGGAGUUCAGGCAGAGCGGCAUCCACCCCCUCCCACCUAUAGCCACUGCUAGGGCCUCUGUACAGUUAGUGUUUUUGUACAUAUGUGUAUAGUGCUUUAAACCCAUUAAAGGCCUUUAUGCUUCAUGAAUGUAGGUGUGCAAGUGACAACUGUACUCAAGAUAAUCAUUACGAUAGGGUAAUUUGCAUUUAUAAAAAGACUUGACAUGGAGCAUUGCCCUCUCAACUGACAAAAAGCAAGUCAAUUGCCAUAGCCACAUUUUAUAAGUGAUUGAGGAGAACCACUUACCAUUGUCCUAGUCAGGCCCUCUGUAGGAGGAUUGCAACUAUAAAUAAACUUGAAAAUUGUGGUUCCUCUCCUCCUGCCUUUCAGAAUGACGAGACACUUCAGUGGUUACGUGAUUGAAGUGUGUAUUUUUGCAAAAUAAAGCCGAAAUGUCCAAAAUAGGCACACAAUGCAGUGUGUGUGUGUGAAGUGUAAUCUACAUGAAAAAUUGUGGAUGCUAUACAGCAUACAACUUAGUGUUGAAUAUUUACUUUGAAAAACUCAGUUACGUAUUUCAGAAUCUGCUAACAAACUCUCAAAUGGCAGAGGAUGAAGUGGUAAAGUUAAAAUUGCACAAUUGAAACAAAAUUAUAGAUAGGCACAGUAAGGACAAAUUUAUACUUUUUUUCCCCAAGUAGUGACUACUGGAACAAGUCUAAGAAAUAUUUCUUCAAGCAAUACAGUAUCUAUAGAUACAUUUAUACUACAGAUGUGGCCGAACAUAUUUAGACUUUGUUUUGCUAAUUUCUGCUUUGUUAAUGAAAGUUUUAAUUAACUCAUCCUAGUUCAGAUAAAUAGCUCAUACGAUACUUUCCAUGAUUUUUUUUUCUUAUAACUUAGACUGCGUUUUCUUGUGAUAUGAGGAUUAUCAAAGGGAAAUGUUUUUAUUGGUAGUGAUUUGAUCCUUGUGAUUGUUCUUGAAAUUUCUGUUUGCUGCGUGAUCCAUCGUCAUCAUUCCAAAGGAUCUGUCAAGAUUACAAUCCCUGUUCAGGAUUACAUAUAAUGAUGCUUCACUCUUAUUUGUGCUUCACAUUCUUUCUUAGAGGUUUUAAUAUUUCUAAUAUAUUAAUCUAGGCUGUUUUGACUUCAGGUAAAUCAUUUUAUUUUAUUGAGAUUUUAAAUGAAAUUUAUUAUGAAAGUUGUUACAAGAAAUAUUAACAUGUCAAAAGCAUGUGCCAUUUGUAUUUCUGCACUAUCCUAAAAUACGUUAGAAAAAGUAUAAUUCCUCAGUGACAGAGAUUAUAGUUUUCACAGUUUUUGUUGAUAAUUAAUUUAAAGAGAGAACUUGGUAUAGUUUUGUCAUAUAGUUCUUAGCCCAAGCAAUAUAAUUUAUUGAUUAUUUAUUCAUCAGAGAAAAUAUGUCAUUUGGGUAUCAGCAAUGAAAUACUUGUGACCAGCAUCAGGGAAAUUAUUUUGGUUAUUGCUUCUGCCUAAUUCUUGAAAUCUGCCUGUAGUGCUUUGCUAACAUGCCAAUACAUAAUUUUUAAACAACAGAAACUUAAACUUCAAGCCUAACUACUACUCACAUACACAUUAAGUUUUUAUAGGGCACUUCACCAAAAGGUUCUUUUCAGACUGAAUAAAUAGAAUCAAUUUAAUUUUGAAUGAGUUGAGGCAUCCAAACUGGAAGUGCUACUUGCUUACAGUAGAUGGGUCUUCACCUAAACAUGGGACCAAUAAGUAUAGUUUGAAGUCUAAUGUACAGUAGUUUGGAAAAUUUGGCUUUUAUUUUUUGCCAGGGCUAAGUGAGUUUUGUAUAAAAAGUAAUUUUUGUACUUCAGCUGUUUGUUUUGUAUCUUUGUUAUUAAAUAAACUUCUUGCAGCAUUACUACAAUUUUACCAAGGUUUUAUCAGUCAUAAAAAUUAUAUACACUGUUUCACCCUUAACCUUUAAAGCAAGUUAAUCAUUUUAUAUACUAGUAAAAAAAGAAAAAAAAGUUUGUCCCAUCUUUAAAAUUAAUUUAUUGUACUUGUUUGUUGCACUUUUUUCAAUAUUGAUAUUGAGCAUUGAGCAAUGCAUUUGGGAAACUUAGAAACUGAGAAUUAUAUUGUUUUAGAUGUUAGAAGGAACUUAAUUUUAAAAUUAGUGAAAUUUUACCAGAAUAUUUAUUUCUCAUUCAAUUUUUUAAAACAUAUUUAUGGGUACAAUUUCAUUUCAGAGGCCCCUUUCCUAUAUUCACAUGAAACCUGCCAGCUUUGUGUGUGACAAUACCUUAGGAUACAUUUUGUUUCACAGAUAUAUAUAACUUGCCAUGUUCUCUCUAAUAAGUUUUUUGAGUUUGUUACUUAUAUUAUAGAGCCAUAGCCAGGAAGGCAGCAGCUCUGGAUUACAAAAUGGUAAAUCUAAAAACCUCCCAACUUUUCUGUGCCUCUCUCUUAUGUGUAGUCAUUGUAUAGAAACUGCUCUGUUUUGUAAUAUUUUGUAUGUAAACUGUGAUACAUGUAUUAAAUAAAAUCUAUCGCCAAAUUGAUAUCAAAUAAAUUAUUGUGAAAGAUAA